AUGGAAAAGAUGUGGGCGGAUUUGCGCUGACGUUGCCUAUACCCGGGAUUAACUUGUUUUUUUGUCGCCAUAUCUAUCACAUUUUGCACCCGAUCUUCUGUUGCUUAUCGCUAGUGUAGACUUUUAUUGAGCGUUCAUCUUGUUUAACCCUUUGAUUUGCUCUCCGUGCCGUGCGCGCGGUCGGAAAGGCUGGCUCGGAAGCGCGCGAUACAAUGUGAGUUGUGCGGAUGAGGAUGAGGUUCCAGCUCUGAUGUCCUGUCACACAGAUGGGGGCCGACGGCAGUAAAAACAGGAAGAGGCCUGCUGAGGAGCAGGAGGAUGAGCACUUCUCAUCAGGAUGGCGUGGAUUCCUGUCCAGCAUGGGUCUGUCUCUGCCUGCUGGCCUCUGCCGCCUGGCCCCACCUGCCCUACGUCUGGGGCAGCGUCGAAUGCUCCAAGGCAAGCCCCCGGACAUCCCAGAGCAUGUCCUGAGGUUGGCAGGGGUUGGCCCGGACAAGCUGAGAGCAGAGUGGAGCCUCCCGGGGUUCAUUUCCAUGUUCCUGCCCGAAUUUCCCCACAGAACUGUGCCUGGACACGAACACUUUCAGGUUUUGGGUUACAUCGCCAAAGGAUCAUUUGGACCCAUUCUUAAAGUGAAGGACAAAGCCAAACAGAGAACAUAUGCUGUUAAAGUUAUACCUAAAGCAGAGAUUCUGAGACUUGGCGUACUGGAGCAGUCAAAAGAAGAAGUUAUAGUCCAGCGUCAGGUUCGCCACCCAUUUGUCCAUGACCUCCAGGACUGCUGGCAGACACAGCGCCACAUCUACAUUAUGUGUGACUACUGCAGCACCGGAGACCUCUACACCUACUGGCAGAUGAACGGCCAGUUUUCAGAGGAUACUGUACGAGUGUUUGCAGCAGAACUGGGAUGUGCCCUAGGAUUUCUUCAUGACUUUGGGAUCAUCCACAGAGAUGUGAAGAUGGAGAAUAUCCUGUUGACAGAUAAUGGACACCUCCGCUUAGCUGAUUUUGGUUUGUCCCGUCGCCUGGAGAGAGGAGGAAGAGCCUUUACCAUUUGUGGAACCAUCCAAUAUAUGGCUCCUGAGGUACUCAGUGGUGGACCUUAUAACCAUGCAGCCGAUUGGUGGUCUUUGGGAAUCCUGCUGUUCUCAUUGGUUACUGGGAAGUUCCCUGUGCCUCCAGAACCAGACCACUGCAGUAUGCUACGAAAAGUAAGGAGUUUUCCUUAUGAAAUUCCUCUCAACUUCAGUCCCCCUCUGGCCUUGCUGAUCACUGAGUUGCUCUGCAAGAAUCCUGCUCGCAGACUGAAGACUCUUGAUCGAUUCAAACGUCAAACCUUCUUCCAUGGAAUAACCUUUGACCUCACUCUGCUGCAGCGCCAGCCGGUGCAGGUGAUACUAGAGCUGAGGGAGAGACCAGACCGAGCUGCUAAGGCUCGACGAGGCCUCACAUUGUCUCUGCAGCCCCUCAAGGGCUUCGACUACGACGCACUGCUCAGCCCCCCUGCCACACCAGACACACUACUGGAAACCAACACAAGUCGCACAGUUGUACCACUGCCUGGCCCGGCACUCACACUGCAGCCUGCUCAGGAAAAAGGUCUACGCAGAGAAGUGUUUGUGUGAUGGACUUUGAGUUUACUUAUGGAUUGCUAAUGCACAAAAAGUAAUGGCCUACGUGUAUGUUUCUGCACAUUUAUUCACCCUUACACAGAGCUGUGAUACGCCUUGUAAGAUAAGAUGUCUGAUAAAAGCCAAAACAUUUGAUGAUAAUUUCAUUUGGAUCUAUGGUUUAGAAGAUAAUAAGUUAUUUGAAUCUUUAACUCAACACUGCCCCUUCUUUACUGUUUUUUGUACUAUGCUGAGCAAAAUUUGUUUUUUGUCUAUUUGCCUUCCUCAAGCGCUUUUUCACAUCCUCUCAAGUCUGUUUGCUCACAGUUGUGCAAGAAAUAUUGCACCCUUUACCAUCUACUUUCUGUUUUGCAGUGAUUGGUCAUGGUUGCCCUUUUAUACGAAAUGUAUGAACACUAUCAGGUAAAGACAUUGCACAGAUUUUUGUGGACCACAAACAUUUCUUUGUGUUUUUGUAUAAAUCUAAACACGUCCCUUUAAUAGAUGGUUUUGCUUUGUUCUCUUUCUUUAUUAAUUAGGAAACAAUUGUAACUAAAGUGUUAGGAAGGACCUCCUUAUUUCACUUUCCAAGUCUUUCAGUUGUGGUCAUUACUUUGAAGCCUGUUCCUGUGUUCAUGUGGUGAUGCUGUCUUUCCCAAGUUUGACCUUUGCUGCACAAAUUGUAUAGCUGAAAAAUCUUUUUCCUCUGACAUUCCUGUAUAAAAAUCAUGCAAGAAGAGCAACAUCAAAUCCACAUUUUUUGCCUUCAUUGUCUGCUUCACUUUUUAUCAUUUAUAACCUACAACUUAGAGAAGCACUCAGUGGUUUGCUUAACCUGGCCUUGUUUUCUAUAUCACCACAGGUCUUUGCUGUAUACAUUUGAUCUGUGGCUACAAAGAUUGAGAGAACAUGUUUGUUUACUUCCAUCUAAUAUUUUGAUAGAUUCAGGGCUUUUUUAAUUGUCCAAAACGAAUCACCCCCUCAUGUACUUACCUAACAGUCGGAAAAUUUGAUGAUUUUGUAAAGUAUGCCCUGAUAUACCCAGAAUGCCUCACAUGUCUGAUCCUAAGCUUGUUUGUCACAAAAACGCUUAUUUACAAAUUCCUAUUUAUAGCAUAUAUAUGUAUAUUUUGAAUUUGAUGUUACAUGUUAUGCAAUUAUGUAUUUUUGUAAUAACCUGUAGCACAGAUAAAUUAUUAAACCUACUUUAAAGCUU